AUGAUCCGUGUACGAUUCACACCGUCGAUCCACGACAAGAAGACGCUGGAGUCUCUGCAAGAAGCCUGCACAUACGUGUUGAUGGCGGCAGUCCGAAUGCGCGGCAGGGCUCCAGAAGACAUGGACCGCAUCCGCAUCUUCGACCAGGAAGAUAUCGACGUGCUGCCCGUUCUCAAGUCGACCACCUUGCUUAUCACAUCCGAGAGUCGCGCCGAGUUCAGAGCAAGGGUAGCCCAGGGGGCGGGCCCGGAAGCGACAGCAAUGACACAGAGGAUGAUGGAACUUUUCAACGCAGACUCCGGUCCAGUGGUCAACGCUGUCACGAGCGCAGAGAAGAGAGACCAGCCAAGCACCGAUGGAUUCCGAAUGCCACCUCGUCCAGUGAAGAAGACCCGUCAAGAGGUUUCGACGCUUCAGGCGACGACGAAUGUGCAAAUGCGACCGCCGCAAUCCGCACAGCGACCGGGGACCGGGCCAAGGCCAUCAAGUGACCAUUCGAGCCUCCAGUCGACGUUCAAGUCAACUGACAGGGGCCGUCGGUUGGCAAAAGAGGUGGAGGAUUCCGAAGAUGAGCAGCGGCCGCCCAAGAGGCUGUCGAGACCAAAAGACAAGGCGAGCGGUACCGGGGACGACGGCAAACGCGAUCAACGCAAAGGCAAUGAGGGUCGCAAGACCCGUAGCCCCAGUUUGUCUGCGUCUCGAGACAUCGUCGUAAUUCCGUCUUCUACGGGAGAAAGCACAUCUCAGGAUUCAGACAAGUUGCCCGCUCUCUCGAGCAGAGACGAGGGAGAGGAUGACCCAUUUGGUAGCCCUUCAAGGCUGAGUUGUAUGGGAUCCGAUGGCUAG